AUGCCUACCUUCACACCAACGCCGGCCCUGUCCGGCGCUCUUUCGCGCAUGGCUCGAAGGCCUGCACGAUUCAUUCUUGUCGUCUUCGUCAUACUUUCCACGACCGUUCUCUUCUUGUUCUGGAGUAGAGACCCUCCACCGCCCCGGAUACCAUUCUACGACUGGCAGCCUCGUGCUCUGUUUCCACCGCUAUCCCCUACCGCUGUCGAGAAUAGCAAUGCUGACUUCUGUUCGAACUUUCCUUCGCACCUACUCGACCGCAUCCAAAUCGUGUUACGGACAGGUUCUGGAGAGCACGAACGGAUUGCAUCUCAGCUUACGACUGUCUCCUCCUGUAUCCACAAUCUUAUUGUCGUGUCUGAUCUUGAAGAGCGGCGCGGGAAGCACGACUUUAUCGAUGUCCUCGCUGACCUCCCUCAGUCCUACCGUGUAGACAACCCUGACUUUGACGCAUAUGCCCUCCAGAAGGCUGCUGCACAAGCCGGAGAAGAGAUGCAAUACACAGGGGAAGGCUGGAAGCUGGAUAAAUUCAAGUUUCUGCCGAUGGUGGAGAAGGCACAUGCAUUGAAGCCAAACGCGGAGUGGUACAUCUUUAUCGAGACGGACAGCUACAUCUUCUGGGAUACUAUGUUUCGACUUCUGUCGCAAUAUGAUCCUACCGACCAGCAUCUUAUCGGGGCCCCAGUCGCGGGCUCAAAGGCGGGCCACUUCCCCUAUGGCGGCGCCGGCUUCGUCAUGUCGAAAGGGCUCAUGAAGAAGUAUUUGCGUCCAAGCAUUUUUGAUCGAUCGAUACCAAGCGAACAAUAUGAGCAAUGGGCCAGAGAAGAAUGCUGCGGGGACAUUAUAUUGGCCAACGUGAUAUAUGACAGGACAGGCGUCACCAUGAAAAGAUUAUGGCCAACCUUUAAUGGAGAGGAGUUCAUCAAGGUGCAAGUUGAUCGGCGCACUUGGUGUGUACCGCUCCUGGCGAUGCAUCGUUUGUCGAGUCAGCAGAUGAACGACACAUGGCAUUGGGAGAGAACGAGAUAUGAUGACCAGAAGCCUGUUCUACAUUCCACCCUACUCUAUCACCGACAGGGCAAGCUUUUCGAGGAAAGCACCCGCGAUUUCUGGGAUAACCUGUCCGACACGGAUUCUCCAAACGGCCUCGGGCACACGUCAUCCGUAGCAUGCAGGGUUGCGUGCGAAAACGAUUUCAACUGCUUCCAAUGGUCAUACACAAUGCGACGAUGUCGGUUCGGAUGGGGUAUUAAAUACGGGCAUGCUGUAGAGGACAAGCGCGAGCAUUUCUUAUCUGGGUGGGAUAUAAAGAAGAUCAAGAAGAUGGGCUUCGACUUUAGAGAAGAAGGCGCAACAGGUUGUGAGAAGGCAACGUGGGAGACACCAGAGACGUAUUGA